GUCUAAUCAAAACGUGAUAUUCUAAGACUUAGAGAGGGGGAAAAAGUAUCUACACUAUCUUUGAUUUGUUUCUUGGAAUAUUCCUAACUUACAACUAUGGUGCAGUACGUGAAACGUCAAACAAGUGCUCAAAUGGUAGCCAAGCAGCACUUGAAACUUCACCUGAGAAGAAUCCGAAAUAAAGAAUACUCUAGACUCAGAGACAUGGUGCCAUCUAUUGCCAAAAAAGACAAAAUCUCCAAGGUGACAGUCAUUGAAGAAGCCGUAAAAUACAUUGACGAGUUACACAGGGCCCUGUUUGAGCGGUUACAUUCUAAAGCAGCUGCUGGAAACAAGUUGGUUUCUGAUGAACACGUCAAAGACUUCAUACACACCUUAAUACCAGCGGACUUAUUCUCCAAGACCCCAGCAUUCAACUCCAACUUUGAAAAAACACAAAGACACCCUUCCUACAUGUUACCAAAGAAACAAAAGGGGUUCGGCAAGCCACACUAGCUCUUUGGGCCAAAUGUUUCACUGUGAUAUUAAAAACAAUAGGAUGAACCGACUGUGAUAUUUAUGUUUUAUGAAUAUUAUUACCAAUUUUAUUGGAUUUUUUGCCUUGUGACUUUUCCGAUAUCCCAGGCCAUGGGGAAAUACACAAAGUACCCUCAAGAUCUCCAAUCCUCAAAGUAUUCGUCAGUGGUGCCUCAUAGAUGUGGAAUCGGCAGAGAAGUCCUUUAAUUUACUUGUCUGGUUCCAUACUUGGAAGUCUGAAUACAAAAUGAAACGGGAGACAAAAUUGAGAUGCACUAUGAGCACAUUCCGAAAACUUUGUGAUCCAUUACAAUACUAGUCCUUUUAUGAAAAAUUAUAUUUGAUAUAAUAAAACAUGAAAUAUGAA